CACCUGCCAGGAAACCAGAGGCUUCAGUACCUGAUAAACAAGUGUGAAGCAUGAGGAUCCACCCUGCUAUUCAGGCUGCUAUUGACCUCACAGCAGGAGCUGCAGGUGGGACAGCAUGUGUGGUGACGGGCCAGCCUUUUGACACUGCCAAGGUGAAGAUGCAGACGUUCCCCGACAUGUACAGAGGAAUCGUUGACUGCUUUGUGAAAACCUAUAAGCAAGUGGGGUUUCGAGGCUUCUACAAGGGAACCACACCAGCGCUUGUAGCCAACAUCGCAGAGAACUCCGUUCUGUUCAUGUGCUAUGGAUUUUGCCAACAAAUUGUGAGAAGAAUUGUUGGAGUAGACAGAAAAACAAAGCUCAGUGAUCUGCAGAAUGCUGCUGCAGGCUCCUUCGCCUCUGCCUUUGCCACCCUUGUCCUCUGUCCCACGGAGCUGGUGAAGUGCCGGCUGCAGGCCAUGCAUGAAAUGCAGUUGUCAGGAAAGGUAAUCCAGGGACACAAGACAGUUUGGUCAGUAGUGAAGGGUGUCAUUCAAAAGGAUGGUCCCCUUGGAUUUUACCGUGGCCUGUCAAGCACUUUGCUGCGGGAAGUCCCAGGCUAUUUCUUCUUCUUUGGAGGAUAUGAGCUGAGCCGGACAUUCUUUGCCUCUGGGAGACCAAAAGAUGAAUUAGGUCCCAUUCCUUUGCUACUAAGUGGAGGUUUUGGAGGUAGCUGCCUGUGGAUUGCUGUGUAUCCUGUGGACUGUGUCAAAUCUAGAAUCCAAGUUCUUUCAAUGGCUGGAAAACAAACAGGUUUUAUGGGAACAUUUGUAACUGUGGUGAGAACUGAAGGUGUACUUGCCUUGUAUUCUGGAUUAAAGCCAACGAUGAUCCGAGCAUUCCUGGCCAAUGGGGCACUGUUCCUUGCCUAUGAGUACAGCCGGAAACUUAUGAUGAAACAAAUAGAAUCUUACUGA